UGGGAGUGUGCGUCGGGGCGGGGCAUGGGCAGCGUCCAGGGGCGGGGCCUGGGCUGUCCGGCCCACUCCCCUGGGAGCGCUAGUGGUGGGCCCAGGCGGCCAUGUCCCGCCCUCGCGUGCGCCUGGUGGUCACCGCGGACGACUUUGGUUACUGCCCGCGACGCGAUGAGGGCAUCGUGGAGGCCUUUCUGGCCGGGGCCGUGACCAGCGUGUCCCUGCUGGUCAACGGUGCGGCCACGGAGAGCGCGGCGGAGCUGGCCCGCAGGCACAGCAUCCCCACGGGCCUCCACGCCAACCUGUCCGAGGGCCGCCCAGUGGGUCCGGCCCGCCGUGGCGCCUCGUCGCUGCUCGGCCCCGAAGGCUUCUUCCUUGGCAAGAUGGGAUUCCGGGAGGCGGUGGCGGCCGGAGACGUGGAUUUGCCUCAGGUGCGGGAGGAGCUCGAGGCCCAACUAAGCUGCUUCCGGGAGCUGAUGGGCAGGGCCCCCACGCACGUGGAUGGCCACCAGCACGUGCACGUGCUCCCAGACCCGCUCCGCCCGCAGGCGUGUGCCAGGUGUUCGCCGAGGCGCUGCAGGCCUAUGGGGUGCGCUUUACGCGACUGCCGCUGGAGCGCGGUGUGGGUGGCUGCACUUGGCUGGAGGCCCCCGCGCGCGCCUUCGCCUGCGCCGUGGAGCGCGACGCCCGGGCCGCCGUGGGCCCCUUCUCCCGCCACGGCCUCCGGUGAGGCUUCCCGCCCUGUCUCCUACCAUAGCUGCCCCAGUCCCUCCGCACUGACUAUUCACCUGGCUAGCUGUGUCCGUUUCUCAGCCCGGAAGCGAGUCUGGCGUCGAUCGCUGCCGCCACCCCAGUUUCCCCCUCCCGCCCCCGGUCCCUACCCUAUCCUACCCUACCCUAGCCUAGCCCUGGUCAUGGCCUGGCCUGGCCCCGCGGCUGAUGCCCCGCCCACUACAGGUGGACAGACGCCUUUGUGGGUCUGAGCACUUGCGGCCGGCACAUGUCCGCUCACCGCGUGUCCGGGGCCCUGGCGCGGGUCCUGGAAGGUACCCUAGCGGGCCACACGCUGACAGCCGAGCUGAUGGCGCACCCCGGCUAUCCCAGUGUGCCUCCCACCGGCGGCUGCGGUGAAGGCCCCGACGCUUUCUCUUGCUCUUGGGAGCGGCUGCAUGAGCUGCGCGUCCUCACCGCGCCCACGCUGCGGACCCGGCUUGCCCAGGAUGGCGUGCAGCUUUGCGCCCUCGACGACCUGGACUCCAAGAGGCCAGGGGAGGAGGUCCCCCGUGAGGCCACUCUGGAACCCUUCCUGGAACCCUCCCUACUCUGACCCGCUACCGACAACCAAGCACUAAUCCCUUUACUACCAAGCAAGGGGAGCCAGGAUUUAGUCCUGGCCCAGCCCAGAACCGGUCCCUGGAGCAGGGUCUGUUGACUUCCCUGGGUAGGACACUGCCACGUCUGGGCCCAGGUCCUCAUGGCUCCAAAUGGUAUCUAGAGUUUGAGCAGCCUUCUUGGCUGCAGGCGGGUCCAUCCUGUGGCAGCGGGCUAGGGCCCGCAGAGCAUUUGGUGCCCCUCCAUGCUGCAGUGCAAACACCUUCACUACUGGGGCAGUGGGGAGAGAUGGCUAUAUUAAUAAAAUAACGUGUGUCUUUCAAA